UCCAAGUCUCGUUUCGUCGUCGCUACUCGAUCCUAUGAAGUGAUAAAUAAAUUUCAAAUUUGUAAUAGUUGCAUUUUUUUCAUGUAAGGGAAAGGUUUCAGCACGUCUGAUGGUUUUGUGAUUUUGUGACCUAGUUCCAGGUUAGAAUUUCGUUGCAGAUAUCCAAAAUGGCCCAUGUUUACGUCCCACCUGAACUAAGAGAAAAGCUGGUUUGUACCAUUUGUAAUGGUUACCUAUCUGUAUUUCCCAUCUACGUUAAUCUUGAUGGUGAUAAGUCCAUUUGUGGCCGUUGUAAAAUUCCUAACGAUAAUGAAUACAUAAGAGAUGAAGCUUACGAAGGCUUGGCGCAGUUUUUUAUUUUCCCAUGCUUGGAAACGAAAAAUGGGUGUACAGAACAAUUGACUCCUCUGAAGUUGAAAGAUCAUGAACAGUGUUGCAUUAACCGAAAAGUUGAUUGUCCUUCCAAGAGUUUUACUCGAUGCAAUUGGCAAGGACCAAACAAAGACCUCAAGGCACAUUUUGAGGCUUCACACCCAAAUCUGGUUCUGAAGAAUCAAAAAUUUGAGAUCCAAUUUCUUAACAGCAUAAAGGAAAAUAUGCUGAUGCAGUUUGAGGAAGAAUUGUAUAUUAUUCGCAAAGAAAUUGACUCAAGACAGGGCAUUUUCACAUGUUCUGUGGAACAUGUAAUUCAAACUGAAUUACCAAAAUCUUUCAAUUAUUACAUUCGAUUCGAAACUGGCGAUUCCACCCAUCAUUUCAACAGUGUGCAACGUUCAACAUCGCCCGAUUUCGAUGAAAAAAUAAAGUACUCUGCGAGCGAUCUAAGAGAAAAACUUAAUGAUCCAGCUGUCAUUGUAGCAUGUAUUGAAAUAUUGAAAACUCACAUAGAUGAAGAUGACGUUAAGAUUAAAACAGCAUUCAAAAAUCCCGAGGUCGAUUGGAAUUUACUUGCCGAACUAGUGUGCCCAGUAUGCUUCGAAUAUAUGCAUCCUCCAAUUUUUCAAUGCAUUAAAGGCCACAGUAUUUGUUCAUCGUGCAAACCACAAGUGGUCCCAUGUCCAGUGUGUAGAGGCGAAAUUCGAUCUACCCAAAACUUUUUAUUGGAAAAUAUCACGGGACGUAUGAUUUACCCGUGUAAAUACCACAAGGUCGGAUGCACUUUAGCUUUCAAAUCAACCGAAAUUCGUGCUCAUGAAAACUGUUGCGAAUUCGGCCCUUACAAUUGUCCAAUGGCUGAAAUUGAAAACUGCACAGAAAAAUUUACCAAAGCAGACAUUAUUGGCCACAUUGAAAAUAAUCAUGAGGAGUAUAUUUUGCAGAAUGGUAAAGUUAGUAUUCCAUUUGGAGCUGGCGGAGAUGGAAACUUUGCAAAGUAUUAUGUUAUCAAGUUUUCAAACAGGAUUUUUAAGGUCUGUUUUAAAUACGAAAAUCGAAAAUUCUACUGGGAGCUUCAACUUAUUGGACCUGUUGAAGAAGCAAAGAAAUUUAUGCUUGACAUUGAUAUAAUCGAUAACUCGGGCAAAAACUUACGUCAAUACGCAAGAAGUCUAUGUGGACCAAUCACUACUAAAGCCCAAUGCUUCACCAAGAAGGGUAAUUAUAUCAUUGUUUUGCAUGACCAGAUUUCGGAGUUCAUUAAUGAGACUUUGUCAUAUACAGUACGGGUAGUGGAGCAAUAAGAAGAUAUAAUGAGUUAACCAUUCCUUGAAAGAUUCCUUUUUUUUUUAUUAUAAAAAUAAUUAGAUUUAAUUUGUUUUUGAAAGGGGUGAGAACCUGGUUUUGUUUUUGUGUGUCAAAGAAGUUUGUGCCAACUUACAUAUUAUUAUUAUUAUUAUUAGGUGAUAGAUGUCCAGAAUUUAAGUUUUUUAUUUGUUUAUUUGCUUGCUACGGGAAGCCGUUAUUGCUAGAUUAUUAUCAGAAAAUAUAUGAGAAUUAGGAAGUGUAGAAUUAUGAUGAGCUCACGAAAUCAAAAGCUUACGCAAUAGCUAUGAAAAUGCUACAUUUUUGAAUCAUAUGAAUUUUCUCAUAAUGUCUCGUUCAUGAAUUAUUUUUACUUACCAGAUAGAUUUAAUUUGCUUAUAGAAAUUUGACAUUAUUUUUGUGUUUUGUAUUAUGUCAAAUAGUGUGCGCCAAAUAAUUUUCCAAUGGGUAUUACUUGGGUAUUAUAUUUAGUUAUUUACUUAAAAAAUAUAUAUUUUCUAUUAA